ACAAAAAUGUGGUCUGCUGUGUAUGGGUUGAACUUGUGAAAGGUCAACAUCACGACGUCAGUUAUUUAUUCACAACAUUCCACCAAGAUAAUGAUUAAAAACCAAAAUUUCUAGUUGAUAUUAUCCCAAAUCACAUUGGAAACCAAUAAUUAUGGAAAGAUCUUAUGAAGACAUUGAUAUUCCCGUACCUUGGGGUCAUAUAAGCGGUAAAUGGUGGGGUCCCAGAGACCAACAGCCGAUUUUAGUGUUGCAUGGUUGGCAAGACAAUGCGGCCUCUUUUGAUAAGUUGGCUCCCCUGCUUCCCCAUCACAUCAGCCUGCUUUGCAUUGAUAUGAUUGGACAUGGCAGAUCUUCUCACUUUCCCAAG